CAGGUACAGAUAGUCGGAUAAGGUGCUGAAUUCCACGGGGAAGAGCAGGCCAGCCUCUCGCACCGCCUGGUAACGCUGCAGCACUGCGACAAUGUCGGGCAGCAUCGCCUGGUCAGCUUCCACCCGCCAGCAGGUGCUCUUCUUGUCCAAGACGGCUGUCAGCGCAUCGAGCAUGUUGAGGCCGGCGUACCGCCGGGAGAAGGGGUACAGGGAGCGGUGUCGGUGCAGGAAAACCACGGCGUAGCCCAGACCGAGGAAAUACUCGACGGAGACGGCGCCGCGCCAGCCGCUGCUGAAGUUGUCCAGGAAGCGGACGGUGCGCGACUCCAGCGGCACCUUGGUGCCCCCCGAGGUCACCAGCACCACCCUGCGGCCCUGCGCGGCGUGCCGCACCGCGAACUCCGCCAUCGCCUUCGCCGAGCUCUCCGCGUGGGGCGGCGGCACGCAAUCCGAGAAAAAGUCGCUGCACUCCGUCUCGUACAUCGCCGCCAUGACAACUGGUCCCAGCUCAGAAAGUGUCCGGGUGGCCGCCGUCCCCCACAAUAACCGGUCCCAUGUACAACAACAACUCUCAGCCCACACAACUCCUUCAAACGCAAAUCGCGAUUUCACACCUCGGUUUCAUUCUUCGGUUCAUUUACGUUUACUUUAAUUUUGUCACCUGGUCAGCGGGAAGGGGAGAGAAGGUCUUUAGAAGUGCUGCCGGGUUCAGAAGUCAGAGUCCUUAACGACGGGCUCGAAGUCCCUAGCAACCGCAGCACUUCGAAAAGCUGAGAGAGACUUUGGAGCAACAACCGAUCUCCCCGGACGUCGAGAUGCUCAGUACUCCUGUUUAUCCGCUUUCUAACCCCAAGGGUGUUAAAUUACAGUGUGAGAUGUGCCAGAAGACUGCUUAUGUUAUGUGCUCCCAGUGCAGGGUGACUUAUUACUGUGAUGUAGCACACCAAGAAGCAGACUGGAAUGGGAUUCAUGAGAAGAUUUGCCAGCUUCUGAUUCCAAUACGGACAGCACCAACAUUCCUCAGCUCUGCAAAAGAGAGAAAACACAAUGAGGAGCAGAUGAUCCAGAGACAGAAACAUCUCAUUAAUCUGACCCGCAUAGUGGCCCAGAAGCUUCUUUUCGAGGGUAAACAUGAGGAAGCUAUUCCUGGAGCCUUGCAGUCUUUGCGCUUUGCAAAUGCUGUUUAUGGCAACACCUCUGCUGAGCUAGUGCCAUCACAAUUACUCUUGGCAGAGGCUAGUAUUGGCCUUGGCCAGUUAGAUGAAGCAGAAGACUAUCUCUCGCAGGCUCAUUGGACAGUGAUGAGGACCACAGAAUGUGUUACUGCUGUCCAAUACAAAUUAUACCGAAACCUGGGCCUUUUGUACACAGCCAAAUGUGACAACGAGAAAGCACUUUGGUACUUUGCUGAUGAUAUUUACCAUGCCACGCAAGUGUUCGGUGCAUCUGAUAUUCGGACAGCUGGUGGAUAUUUUCACAUGGCUAAUGUGUUUUACAGAAUGAAGAAGAUGGAUAUAGCAGACUCACUCUACUCGGAGGUAACCGAUAUCUGGAAUACUUUCCUGGGUGAGCUUGUUGAGACAGAGAUUCAGAAAACACUGUGGAAAGCAGGCCUCAGUUCACCAGAACCUGGCACCACUAUCGUGGACUUGGAGGAUGUUUUCGAUGAUGCCCAGGAAGCAGAAGCAGUUCAAGUUCUGCAUGCAAUUUUUGACCUGCGGAACCAAGAGUACCUUCCAAAACAAGGCAAAAUUGGAAAAAUUGCUGAGACCCUGGCCAUGCUUUAUUUCCUUUUCUUGGAUUUUAAAAAGGCUGUUGAAUAUGCAAAACUGGCUCUGGAGGACAGCCAGCUGCUUCUGCACAAUGAGAAAGCGAUUGGCAGUAUCACACGUAUUCUUGAGAUGGCUGAAAAGGCACUGUCAUAUCCUGGAGGAAAGGGACCAUCCCCCUACGCAUGGGCUAAUUCAUGCUAAAAGUUAUUAAGCUAUGUGUCUCAGGGUAAAUAAAAACAGAACACUGGAUACAUUUUAAUAUAAAAAAUUGACAGUGGUAUGGGAUACAGCAAUGACAAAAAAGUUUGAGGUUCUUGAACAAAGACUGCAAUAAAUCAGGAUACAUGAGCUUCAACUGACAAUGAAAAGCAAAUAAUGCAUAACUGCAUCAGCAAUGCCUUAUUUAUACAACACCUUAU